AUGAUACUUGAGCUGCAAGAUUUGGUUACAUUGUUUAAGAAUGUGUAUUUCACAGGGGAAACUUACAGUGAAGAUGAUGAUUCAGAGGCCGGAGGUGCAGCUGGAAGUGGCGGACCAGGAUUUGGCGGUGGUGGGACAGGUGUGGGAGGCGGAGGAAUAGGCAGUGGUACCGGAUUCGGCGGCGGAGGGACGGGUGUGGGAGGCGGAUCAGGAAUUGGCACUGGUAAUGGAUUUGGCGGCGGAGGGACUGAACACAAGAAACCGCAAAUUUAUAGAGGCUGUGAGGAAGCAUGGAGACUAACGUUAACCGGAGACCUAAAUAUUCCGGUGGCGAAGACGGAGGAGUUCUGCGAGGGACCAUGCUUCUCCGAGACACAUUUGGCUUUGAAUUGCAUUGAAAACAUUCUUCACCACUUCAGAUUCUACAACAGAGCCACCGUUCGAGACAUCCGUGAAACCCUCAAGUCCGGUUGCAGCUACGGACCCGAGCGAGGUCAUUUCAACGUUUUCGAGCAUAUCGAAGAUGAAGAAGAAAAUGGAAGUGAGAGAAUAAAAUCGAGAUCAGGGCCGUUGAUUGGGACUGUUUUGUUCACCGUUGCAUUGCUUCUCUAA